AUGUUACAAGCCCUCUUUUUGUUGUUGUACAUCUCUCCCGGAAUUGUCUUUGCACAAGGAUAUGGAUAUUAUCCUGGAGCACGGGCCCCGGCGACGAUACCUUUGGAUGAAUAUCAUGGACCCCCACCAAGCAUGAUGAACAGUUAUGCGCCAAAGGGGCCGUUACCCUUGGCAAAUAAUUUCGGUCCAUUUGCCCCUCGACAACACUUUGUGCCUCAACCGAAACCCUUUUGGAGACCUCCACCGCCGCCUCGUCCACCUCCACCAAAUUUCAACUAUCAACCCUACAGUCCUCCACCGCCACCACCACCACGACAGGAUUAUGAUGUGCCACCACCGGCUCCAUCUCCUCCACCACCUCCACCAACAAGACCUCCACCGCCGCCAACAACUACGCAAAGUUAUGAUGAGCCAGCUCCACCCCCAUCACGGCCUUAUGUACCGCCAUUGACAUGGAGAACUCCUGCCCCACAACCACCACCUCCAUCAAGUUAUGAACCAUAUGAGAGUGAAGAAAAUGAAUACAAUUAUGGACCAGCUCAGACAACGACGAGAGCUGCUUAUAGACCAUCUCCAUCUCCACCUCCACCAUCAACAAGAAAACCAACAACAACCACUCAAGCACCAUCAAGUUAUGAACCAUAUGAAAGUGAAGAAAAUGCGUACAAUUAUCCAGAGACGACAACAACUAGGCCGGCUUAUAGGCCACCACCCACCACAACUCGAUCACCCCCACCCACAACAAGAGCAAGAACAACAACCACUCAACCACCACCACCUCCACCAGAAACCUAUGAACCAUAUGAGCCGUAUGAGUCUGAAGAGUACGAGCCAACAACAAAACCUGCAUAUAGGCCACCACCAUCCACACCUGCAUACGAAAGCGAAGAAAAUGAAUACAAUUAUGGACCAGUUGAGACGACAACCGAACAACCAACCACAAAUAAUUAUGAUUUUGCAUAUAUGAACACUCACGAACAAACAACACCGCCAACCACCACCACAAGAAUGACAAAAACAACCACAACAACGACUAGACCGACAACAACUCGAGCUCCAUAUAGAGCUCCAUCAACAACUCGUGCUCCAUACAGAGCUCCAUCAACAACACAAAGAAGAACGUAUCCAACAACGAGACGAACAAAUCCUCCAACAACUGCAAGAAGGACAACGCAUCGUCCUCCAUCAACUCCACCAACUCCGAGAACAAGAGGACCUGAAUGGGUCACACCACCGAUGUCACCGAAAAUCGCUUAUUUCCCGCAUUCUGCUGAAGAGGGUGAAUCGCCGUGUGAUGCUGCUGCAGAUGAAGGAGAUGGCUGCUGGGAUUUCUUCCAAUAUGUGCCGGGAGUGAAAAUGGGCUCAAAAACACCUCAGAAAUAUGAAGGAGUUGAAUCGGAAGAAAGAUCAGAAGAGAAUCCAUAUCAACCAGAACAAACACAAAAAGGAUAUCGAGCAGGAAAAGAAAAAUACUCAGAAGAAGUACCUGAGACAUAUAUGGUCCCACCAAAAGAGCCAGAUUCAAGUGAAUUCACUCAACCACCACCACUCCCAGUAAAUGAAAAGGAGAAGCCGAAAGAAGAGAUUAAAGCGACAGAGUAUAAACGAGCCACCGAUAAACCCGAUGUUGAGUCAACCACUUAUAAAUUUCCUACUGGCAACGAGGUUUUUGUGGGAGAAUUGGAGGAACCUGUCGUUAUUCGUGACAAAGUAAUUGAAGUGAACUUGCCGAAAAAUGAGAAUCCGGAAAAAGAUAUCGAUUCGGAUGAAGAAAUUGCAUCAACGAGAAAACCAAUGAAACCAUCAAAAGGAAGUCAAUUGAAAUGGAUACCCGGAGAUAAGGAGCACGAACAAGAAGAGAAAAAGAUUGUGAAUGAAAGUGGGGAAAAGAAUGGAAAAGUGAUGGAAAUGAGCACAGAAAAGACACCAAAUACGAGUGAAAAACAAAAAGAAAUGGUUGAAGUGAGCACUGAGAAAAAAGAGGAGAAAAAAGAGGAGCAAAAGGAGGAGGAGGAGGAGAAACGAGAGAUUCCUAAGCCUAAGGAAUUGAAAGAAGAAGAGACUCCAACAAAAGUGCUGACAAAAGUGCUGACGCCGAAGAGCUCGGAAAGAGAAGAAUCAGAAGAAAAUGAAAAGCCACAAAGCACCGAGAAGACACUGAAAUCACGAGAAUGGAAGAAUGAGGAGAUCACAGCAAAGCCAAUCAUUGUCACAUCAACGACAACAAGCACAACAAUCACCACCGAAUCGAUCACAAUCACCACUGAAAAUGUGCCCGAGAUCAUCAAGACACAAUUGACAAAAGAAGCGACAACAAUGAGAACAAAUGAAGUGAAUGGAAGUGAUCUCUGCUCGCCGAAUGAUCUCAAAUGUCUUCUCGAAUCAAUCCCGAGUGAAAGCACAACUGUCAAAUUGCAAUUUCCUGAAUCUUCAACGAUUCAAAGCACAAUUCUGUCAGAUGAACGGGUACAAAACUUGGUGGAAAGAGGAGUGCCUAAUCACGUAUCGGAUCGUUUGAAUCGUGUUGAUGUGUGGAAAAGCAUGAAAAUAAAAGAAGAAUUCGGAAAAGAUCCGAUUGAAGUCAAUGAAAUCUCUAUUGCACUUAUGAACACGCAGAAAUCAGUGUCACCAACAACCGAUCCACGAGCACUCACCGAUCUUUUACCCAAUUUCACAUGGUUCUCCACCCAAAUUGUUGAGAAUCACCUCGUCAAUGAGCACAGUUUGGAUCCUGAUUAUGAGGAGUUCCCCAAACCACAAGUGCCAUCGAUCUCUUUUCCACUCGAAGAGCUUCCAUUGACAUUAGAAGAAAAAGAAAUGAAUGACGAUCAACCAAAUGAAACAACUGAGGGACCAAAAGAGAGAUCGAUUGAAGCUCUUUUUAAACCGGAUAUUUUCGUGAAAAAAGAUGUGCAAGGAAGCAAGAUCAAUUUCUACAAUGAAGUCGAUGAGUUGCCCCCAAUCUCCCACCAUCGCGGCAUUUCUGUUCAAUAUUUGGAAGCCGAUCGCCCGGAUGACGCCAAUUUCCCCGAACCCUCGCAAAUCCUUCAACCAGCCUCACCAAAGCCUCUAUUGACAAAGGUUUUCUUGCCGGGUCCCGGGCCAGUGAAGGGCAGUCGCAAGUGUUGCUCAUGCUGUGGACGAGCUGGGACACCACCACGAGCACCCGAAAGUCACCGAUUUGAUGAAUUAAAGAAUAAAAUCCUGGUGACCCCGUCGAACGCAUCGCCCAACGAGGCUCGACUCAUUCAGCAAGAAGCCCAACCCACACCGCCCCCUCAAUAUCCCCAACCAUCGCAAUUCCCUCUCUUCUCACCCCAGCAACCGCAAUAUCAACCAGUUUACCCUCAAUCCUCGGGCUGUCCAUGCCAAUCACCCCCUCAAUCCCCGUGUUGUCAGCCAGCACAGCCAUGUUGCUUACCUCAACUUUCCCUUCCACUUCCCCGUCCAUGCUGUAUCCCACAAGCUCAAUUGUGUUGUCAACCACCUCCCCCUCCUCCAAUCGCCUGUUGUCCCCCACCACCGCCGUGUUGUUCACAGCCGGUGAUUCCCCCAUGCCAACGUGCCUGCCCAUCUUGCCCAUGUCGAAGAAGAAUGGCCUUGGCGAUCAGAAGAUUAAAACGCCAAUCACUUUUUGGCUCAUGUCAACAAUGUUCUCUUUCUGGGGAACCAUAUCGAGCCUCCGAAAUACAAGGAGGCUGUACAAAUUGUGCGGCUCGUUUAACUGGUUUCCGUUCGAAACGCUCACCCGCUGAUGAUGUUCUCAAGUUUUUGGGUUUCCAAGUGUCCGCCCCAAGUUGUGCUGCUUGUAGCGGAAGUGCGAUGAGAAUGGCACGGAGAAGGAAAAGACAAACCGGUUGCGAAUCCGGAUGCACACGACGAAAGAGAGAAACCGAAACACUACAAAGGGAGAAAAGGAGUAACCCAAUUGGAUGCUCUCCAUGCAACAAUCUCGGACAACUCUUUGCCCGAUCAAAGCGAGAAACGGAAAACCGGGUAAAGCGCUCGAGUUCACCUUUUGGAUGUCCGUGUAAUGCAAGAGUUUCGACAAAUUACGGUCAAUCGCUAUUCGGACGAUAUAAACGACAGGUGGAAACAGUAGCCGAAUGUGAUGCAACUUGUUGUGAUUUCUCUUCAUGUCCUAAUGAGGCGAGUUUCGAGCGAUCACGACACCGAUACUUUAGAUCAAUCCUC